AUGCAAUGUUUUCAAUCGAUGAUGACAACAGAUUGUUAUGUUAUUCGAGCUGCGGAACGUAUACGUAUUAAUGUUUCCGAUAUUGUCAUUGGUGACAUUGUUUAUCUCUGUCCCGGAGCUCGCGUGCCAGCUGAUUUACGAUUAAUUUAUACCAAUGAAUUAAAAUUGGAUACGUCAUGGAUAACAGGUGAAUUGGAACCGCUUGAUUUUUGCGAUAUAACAGUACCAAAAAAUGUAACAGCAUUAGGGGCGCAAAAUAUUGCCCUUAAUGGUUGUUUAUGUACCAACGGUAUCGGAUAUGGUGUAACAAUUAGGACAGGCAAUAGUACGAUAAUUGGUAAAAUUGCACGAGUAACAUCGAAACAAAAAGGUGUACCAACACGUUUAGAAUUGGAACAUAAACGUUUCGUUAAUUUUAUUUCACUAUUAGCAAUUACAAUGGCUACCAUUACAUUUGUUAUUGGCUUAUUACUUACCAAUUUUCAACAUGUCAUUAAUACAUUUGUAAAUGGCUUCCUUGUUAUUAUUAUCGCAAAUAUUCCCCAAGGCUUACCGAUUACACUAGGUGCAGCAUUAGCAAUUGUUGCACGACGUUUAGCUAAACAAAAUAUAUUUAUGAAACGAUUAGAUGUUGUGGAAACAUUAGGUACAGCAACGGUUGUAAUGUGUGAUAAGACGGGUGUUUUUACUUUGAAUGAUAUUACCGUUUCCGAUUUAUGGUAUCAACUACAUUAUUUCAAAGGUACCGAAGAAUUAAAAGCAAAACAGAAUCAAUUAUCAGGAACUGAUUUAUCGAUACCAUUAUCUGAAGGUAAUAAUGAUAGUCUGAUAGCACUCUUUACCGUAAUGUCUUUAUGCAAUAAGGCACAUUUGGAACCAAUAAAUUCACGUGGAAUUUACGCAUGGAAUAUGGUUAAUAAACUUUCACGAACAAGUAAUACAAUUACAAUACAAUCGCUAUUAGAUGGAAAAGUAUCACGUGGUAAAAUAUCAGAUGCUGAAGUUGAACGAACAGUACGAUCAGCUUUUCGUCAUAAAGUAAUUACUGGUAGUGAAAAUGAGGUUGCACUGCUGAAAUAUGUCGAAGAAAUGGCAAAUGGUGAAAGGAUCAGACAAAACUACGAAAUCAUUUUUGAGGUACCAUUUAAUAGACAGCGACGUUUUCAAACAGUAAUCGUUCGACAAAGAUCUAAUACAGUUGAUCCAACUAAUAAUGACAAUAUGAAGGUAUAUGUUCUUGUUAAAGGAGCACCCGAAGAAUUAUUUGCUCAUUGUAAAUUGUUAGCUACCGAAGAAGGUUAUACUGAAAUAUCGGAUGAUUUCAUUGCUCAAUUCUCUCAAGCUUAUACGAAAUACGGUAAUGAGGGUAAGAGUUGUAUAGCAUUUGCAAUAGCUGAACUUGAAGAAUUAAAUCUGAUUGAAUCACCCGGUUCAUGGGAUGGUUUAAAUCGUUUAAAUUUAUGCUUUCUUGCUAUGGCAGCUAUGUAUGAUCCACCACGGAGUACAGCAUUAAAAUCACUGCAAACAAUGAAAAAUGCUGGUGUAAAAUGCUUUAUGGUUACCGGUGAUCAUCCGUCUACAGCUGCUGCAGUUGCUAGUCAUUUUGGUUUAGAUGUUCCGCGAACAUCAAUUAAUACGGAAAUGGAGAAGAAACCAAGUGUGUUAUCAGUAAUUCACUGUGAAAUGAUUGAUAAAUUAAGCGAUCAAUUAUGGGAUGAUAUAUUGAAACAGGAAUUUGUUGUAUUUGCGCGUGCUACACCCUCUCAUAAAUUAUUUAUCGUUAAGGAAUGUCGUCGUCGAGGUGAAGUUGUGGCAGUUACGGGUGAUGGUGUCUUAGAUGCGCCUGCAUUAAAGGAAGCUAAUGUUGGUAUAGCUAUGGAAGCUGUUGAAGCAGCAGAUAUGGUAUAUACGGAAAGUGACGUAAUGCAUAUUGCUAAAAGCAUCAAGGAAGGUCGAUUACUGUAUGCAAAUUUGAAGAAAACAAUAGCAUAUACAUUAGCACAUAUGGUGCCGGAAUUAUGUGCUGUUAUGUUAAUGUUUGCUAUAGGUUUUCCAAUUGGUCUUAGUAGUUUACAGGUUCUCUCAAUAGAUUUGAUCACGGAAAUACCACCAUCAAUAGCACUUACAUAUGAAGCUGGUGAAAAGGAUAUUAUGUGUAGACCACCGAGGAAAUCAACUGCUCGAUUAGUCUCGAAAGCGCUCCUUCUUUAUUCAUAUGUUUUUGUUGGUGGUAUUAUAUCAGUUGGAUGUUUCGUUGCAUAUUCAUUCGUUUUUUGGUUCCAUGAAAUAACCCUACGUGAUUUAUUUCAUUCCAAUGUUAAUCAUUGGACUCCAAAUGCGGAAAUUUUGUCAACGAGUACCGGUAAACACUAUACAGCCGAGAUGCAAAUGCUCAUUCAUGGCCAAGCGAAAGCUGCUUGGCAUAUUACAUUAGUCAUGUCACAGGUAUUUCAUUUUUGGCUCUGUACAACACGACGAAUUUCCAUCUUUAAGCAUGGCACACAAAAUGUUGCAGCAGUUCUUGCAUUACUUAUUGAAAUUUGCAUUCUUAAUUUCAUGAUUUAUAUGCCGGGUGUGCAAAAUUGGCUUCGUGUCACGCAUCCACCGGCAUUUGUUUGGCUAUUUUGCUUACCUGUUGGUAUUGUUCUCAUAAUUUUUAAUGAGACACGAAAAUGGCUCAUUAGACGCUAUCCAACCAGUAAUAUUGUGCGAGCAUUAAAAUGGUAG